AUGAAUGUCGCACGAAGCGGUUAUACAGCAUCCAUAUUAGCAAAUGGAAAAGUAUUAGUUGCUGGUUCAUAUACUGGUGGUAGUUGUUCUAAUAGUGCUGAAUUAUAUGAUUCAUCAACGGGAACUUGGACAUUUACAGGAAGCUUCAGUGUUGCACGAGGAAUUCACGCAGCAUCGGUAUUAACAAAUGGAAAUGUACUGAUUAUUGGUGGAACUAUUAAUGGUGGUACGGCUUCUACCAAUAGUGUUGAAGUGUAUAAUCCAUCAACAGGCACUUGGUCAUCUACAGGAAAUAUGAAUGCCCUACGAUAUGGUCCCACAGUAUCCAUAUUAGCAAAUGGAAACGUUUUAGUUGCUGGUGGAUAUGGUAGUUCUAGUUAUCUCACUAGUGCUGAAUUGUAUAAUCCAUCAACAAGCACUUGGACAUAUACAGGAAACAUGAACACCGCGCGAGUGUAUCACACAGCAUCCGUAUUAGUAAAUGGAAAAAUAUUAGUUGCUGGUGGAAUAAGUAAUGGUCAGUGUAUUUUGACUAUUGAAUUAUAUGAUCCGUCAACAGGCACUUGGGCAUCUACAGGAUAUAUGAAUACCGCACGAUAUGGUCCCACAGCAUCAGUAUUAGCAAAUGGAAAAGUAUUGGUUACUGGUGGGACGGACUGUGCUGGUAAUUAUUUUAAUAGUGCUGAAUUGUAUAAUCCAUCAACAGGCACUUGGUCAUACACAGGAAACAUGAAUGUCGCACGAGGCGGUCAUGCAGCAUCCGUAUUAGCAAAUGGAAACGUGUUAGUUACUGGUGGAUCGAAUGGUACUGCCAGUGCCAGUAGUGCUGAAUUAUAUAACUCGUCAGCAGGUACUUGGACAAUCAUAGCAAACAUGAAUGUCGCACGAAACGGUCACACAGCAUCCGUAUUAGCAAAUGGAAAAGUAUUGGUUAAUGGUGGAUAUAGUGGUUCUACUUAUCUCAGUAGUGCUGAGUUUUAUUGA